ACUUGGCUGUACGUGGGAGAUUAACUUGCACAAUCCACGAUCAUAAAGUCGGCGAGAUGGGGCGGAGCUUUACAGCUGCCGGAGGGGUUUCCCGUGUUUUGGUAAUAAUGUUAUUGUUGUUAACAGUUGGAGCUAAGGAUCCCAAUCGGAACUCUACUUCCGGAGGGCUAGUGUGGUCCACCGCCAAGGACGAAGGGGAUCUCCUCGGCAAGACUGAACCCGAGGAUGCGGCGGCGGAACUAAACGACCACGAACACCUCGACGGAGGAUUUUCCUCCCUCGAUGGGAUGUUGCAGUGGGCUAUUGGUCAUUCUGAUCCUGAGAAAUUGAAAGAAAGGGCUCAAGAUGCCCAGCGUCUUUCUCCUACUGAGCUGAAGAAGCGUCAGAUGGAAAUUAAGGAAAUUUUGGAUCAAUUAAAAAUGCCAUCUGAUGCACAAUUGAUGCAAAUUGCAAUAGAUGACCUGAAUAAUUCCUCUUUAUCUUUGGAAGAUCGCCAUCGUGCAUUAGAGGAGCUCCUUAUACUUGUGGAGCCUAUAGAUAAUGCAAAUGAUCUGAACAAACUCGGAGGCCUUCUUGUUGUUAUAGGAGAGCUUAAUCAUCCUGAUACAGAUACAAGGAGACUUUCUGCAUGGGUUCUAGGAAAAGCUAGUCAAAAUAAUCCAGCUGUUCAGAAGCAGGUUCUGGAACAUGGGGCAUUGCCUACACUAAUGAAUAUGGUAAGAUCUAGUUUCUCUGAUGAAGCCAUCAAGGCAUUAUAUGCUGUUUCAGCUUUGAUUCGAAAUAAUGUAGCUGGUCAAGAGUUGUUCUGUACAGAAACUGGAGAUAAGAUGCUUCAGGACAUUCUAAGCAACUCAAGCAUUGAUGUCAGACUGCGGAGAAAAGCCGUCUCUCUGUUUGGUCAUCUGGCUGAGUGUCAAUUAGAAAAGCAAGGCAAAGCUGAUAUGCCUUUCUUGUGCAAUCAAUUCUUUUUAAAGUCUGUGGUUGAUGUGACUUCAUCAAAUGAUCUUGAUCUUCAGGAGAAGGCCCUUGCCACAAUUAAGGCUCUUCUGGAACUCAGAACAACUGAAGCUCUGAUAUUUAAGAACUACUGUGAUUUGGAGGGUGCCUUGGAGAGGAUGCGGAAACAACUGCAACAUUUAAUGGCAGAUGAAGACCACAAGGAGUAUGCGACGGACGUUGAAAACCUCCGCAGAGAAGUGGAGCUCGUUUAUAGUAAAAAGCUGGGAGAGGCGUUGAAGGUUCCGACAUGAUGAGGUUGAUGGAUGGUUAAGCACUAUUUUUUUGCAACGCCGCUAGUGGAUCAUGUAUUAUUUGCGCACGUGCAUCUUUCUAACUCCAUUAAAAUACAGCCUCUCCAGGAAAAGCAAGAGGGCAAAGUCUGCUUCAACUUCUUGGAAUGUACAUGGAGUAGAAAUAUUUAAACUUGCAAUACUGUGUAAUAUUAGUGAAUAGGAAAGGGGAAAAAUAGAUUUUUGGUUU